AGAGGAAAAAAAAAAUUCCGUCAAGAUGGACUCCUGGGUCUUCCCCUCCUCGCCCCCCAACCUGUCAGAGCCGCUGAUGUACGACGGCUUCAACGACUCAGACCCUCCGGGGAACUACACGGACCACACCUUCAACCACACCAGCACGGUGGUCAUCACCUUCUUGUACUUCGUGGUGUGCGCCGUGGGGCUCGGCGGCAACGCCCUGGUCAUCUACGUGAUCCUCCGCUACGCCAAGAUGAAGACCGUCACCAACAUCUACAUCCUCAACCUGGCAGUGGCCGACGUGCUCUUCAUGAUGGGCCUCCCCUUCAUCGCCAUCCAGCUGGCCCUGGUCCACUGGCCCUUCGGCCCGGUCCUCUGCCGCGUGGUCAUGACGGUGGACUCCCUCAACCAGUUCACCUCCAUCUUCUGCCUCAUGGUCAUGUCCAUUGACCGCUAUCUGGCCGUGGUCCACCCCAUCAAGUCCACCAAGUGGCGCAAGCCGCGCAUGGCCAAGACCAUCAACCUGACGGUGUGGGGAGUGUCCCUGCUGGUCAACCUGCCCAUCGUCAUCUACAGCGGCCUGAUCACCAAGCACGACGGCUGCUUCUGCACCAUCGUGUGGCCCGAGCCGCAGGAGGCCUACUACACGGCCUUCAUGUUCUACACCUUCAUCCUGGGCUUCUUCCUGCCCCUCAUGGUCAUCUGCCUGUGCUACCUGCUCAUCAUCAUCAAGGUCAAGUCUUCCGGCCUCCGCGUGGGCUCCACCAAAAGGAAGCGCUCGGAGAGGAAGGUGACCCGGAUGGUGUCCAUCGUGGUGGCCGUGUUCGUCUUCUGCUGGCUGCCCUUCUACGUCUUCAACGUGACCUCGGUGACGGGCACCAUCAGCACCACGCCGGUGUUGAGGAGCACCUUCGCCUUCGUGGUGGUGCUGGGCUACGCCAACUCCUGCGCAAACCCCAUCCUCUACGCCUUCCUGUCGGAGAACUUCAAGAAGAGCUUCCAGAACGUCCUCUGCCUGAAGCAGGUGGGGGGGCUGGAUGAGAUGGAGCGCAGCGACAGCAGGCACGAUAAGUCGCGGAUGAUGAACGACCCCACGGAGACUCAGAGCACUCUGCUGAACGGAGAUCUGCAGACCAGCAUCUGACGACAUCCGGGGCGCUCCUUCGUUCGCCCUUCGCGA